AUGAAGCGGUUAACGCCAGCAGUACAAAGGAUCUUCGCAUCUUCCAGAGUACAUGGAUUACGGCAGAGCUCUUCUUUAUCUGCCGAGAAAGAACAAAAAUUCAUGUCAACGCCGGACAAAGAAGUUUUGGUUAAGGCGUCUGUUCAACCUGUCGUCUUAAAAGAAUUUAUCUCCCCAGCUUUGCAAGAAGAGGACAAAUUCGGGUUAGGAAAGCUGUUUACUGUUGAGGAUAUGUUUAAUGCUCGUCUACAUUAUGGUCAUAAGAGACUGGGUGUAUGUGUCUUCGACCUCGAAAUUACAAAGAAAUACUUGGAAAGAGCUUUGAACUUCGUUGCUCAUGUAGCCAUGAGAGGUGGUAUUAUACUCUUUGUAACAAGUAAUAGAGCUACCAUAUUUGAUGUUGAACGAGCUGCUCAAGAGGUAGGACAGUUCUCUCACACACGUAAAUGGCUACAAGGAACAUUGACAAAUACAAAACAAUUAAUUGGCUCCUCUGUCCGAUUACCCGACACAAUAAUUUUCCUUUCAACUCUUACAUCCAUGGGUGCUUCACAUCCCGCAAUAAUAGAAGCUGCUAAAAUGGGUAUUCCUACUGUUGGAGUUGUGGAUACGAACUCCGAUCCAGCAUAUUUAACAUAUUUAGUGCCAGCAAACGACGACACUCCUGAAAGUGCUGGAUUUUUACUAAGGCUAUUCAAAGAAGCUAUUUUAAGAGGACAACAAGCUCGUAACAACUCUGAUUAG